CCGUCCAAUCAUAAUAUAAGGGUCUUGAGGUGGUGAUGUAUAUCUAAUCUCGAUUAACAGCAUGAAUAUUUGCUAAUGAAGAAGGGUAGGCGUCGAAAAGAAGAUCGUUCAAGCAUGUCUAGAUCUUCGAAAAAUACUCCUACUACUACUUGCACAAGCUCUAGCUUUGGAACAGGAACAACAUUUUCAAAUAGUGGCAGUAGUCUGGGCUGCAAUUUCCGUGGAGCUCAAAGCCCUCAAACAGGUGGCCUGUUUAGCACAUCCACUCCAUUUGGCUUUGGACAGCCACCAAAUACUCAGAAUACAGGCUUGCUUGGCGUAAAACCAUCCACAAGUCUCUUUGGACAGCCAGUACUAACUGGUCAAAAAGUGACUAGCCCUUUUGGGACUCAGGGCUUGACAGGUGCCAGCUUGUUUGGCAGAACAUCCUCCACAAGUCCUUUUGGAGAGCCACCAAAUACUCAGAGUACGGGCUUGCUAGGCGGAACACCAUCCACAAGUCUUUUUGGACAGCCAGUACUAAAUGGCCAAAGUACGGGUUUGUUUGGCCAAACAACCUCUGCAAGUUCUUUUGGACAGCUACAAAAUACUCAGGGUUUUUUCACCCCAUUUGGAACAAGUAUUGCAAGUCCAGGAUUUGGAGCAACAAUGGAAGGGAGUUCACUGUUUGGCCAAGUGCAGACUGAUGCUUUAACUGAACUGGAUUUUCAAGAAAAAUCAAGUAACAGUGGGACAACUGUUAAAUUCUGUGUUGUUCAAGGAACUGACAGUAUGGUCAAGAAUGGCAUCACAACUACAAUCAGCGUCAAACAUCAAUGCAUCACUGUGAUGUCAAAUUAUGAUAAAAAGAGCUUAGAGGAACUCAGGUUAGAAGAUUAUAUACUUCAGGGGCGCGUGCAAAGACCCAAAAUCUCUAGGGUAGCAAGCAAGAAGUAUCUUUGUUCGGAACACAACGAAGCUCUGAAAGUUUAUUGUCACACAGAUAAAUGUCUCAUCUGCGUUUACUGCCAGUUCUAUGGAAAUCAUGUGGGUCACGAAUGCGAACUGAUCACUGACAUUGCUAACACGAUACGCGAGGACCUUAGCAGCGUAUCCGGAAAAUUGGGUGAUCACUAUGAAUUGGUGAAGAAGUCAAGAGGAAAAGUAACUAACACGAAGGAAGCUGUACUGGCUACUCAAAAAUACCUGCAAUAUAGGAUCGAUAAACACGUGGCAUUGUUACAUGCUAAUAUGAGUAAGGGAGAGACAACGCUAAGGGGUGCUGUUAACGAUAAAACGAACCAGAAGAUAGCGUUCUUGGAGAAUCAAGAGAGGGCCAUGUCAGGUAUCGAGGUCAAGUGUGAGUUAGCGCUUUCUUUGCUCGAGGAGUGUCGAAAGAAUGACAGUGCUUUGGUUGACGAGAAGCCCAACAUUUUCAGUCUCGUCGAUGAGGUCUCCGCUUUCGUGGAGAAAUGUGAACUGGAGCCCGCAGAAACCGACAAUCUGACAUGUUACUUUGGGUAUAAUCUAUUGGAUUUGCUUAGAACACAGAUCGGUGGAGUAAGGAUACUAAAGCCAGGCCAAAAAGAGACCCCUAUUUACGGCUUCAACGAGCAUGAAAUGUGGGGGGAAGGGAACACUAAGGAUGCAGAGGUUCAGACAGAAGAUCCACCGCUGGAAAGCACAGCUCAUCAUUCACAAGAUCUGAUCGAAACUGCUAACUCAGGCUUGACGGGACAAGUAUGGGACAACAGUCCUUCAGAUGUCAACGAAAAAGGAAAUCUUGAUUGGAGCAGUGACAAGGAUGAUAAUGACGAUGAGAAUGAAGUUGGACUUGAGGGAGUGAUGGAAGGCGAGACUUCAAUUCCUGUUGAUCCUAACCUGCAGAGAUCAACCGAUUCACAAAGCUCUGGAGAAGUAAUAAUUGAAUUACUGGAUGAGAUACUUGAAAAAGUGGAUAGGCUCGCAG